CGAGUCCCCAUCACCGCGCUGGGCACGCGUGGGGACGCAAGAUGAGGCCGGGGACUUUGGGCCCCGAUUCAGAGAACGUGGGGGUGCACCCGAUCACCACCUGGGAAGAUGUCGUCCUGCCUGGUGCCUGGGCUGGCCCUCUGCCUCCUGCUGGGACCCCUCGCAGGGGCCAGGCCGCUGCAGGAGCAGGAAGACCCCUACGCGGAGCCGCCGGCCAUGCCCUACUGGCCGUUCUCCACGUCGGACUUCUGGAACUACGUGCAGCAGCUGCAGGCCCUGGGCGCCUACCCCCAGCUCGAGGACCUGGCGCGCACCUUCUUCGCGCACUUCCCCCUGGGGACCACCCUGGGCUUCCACGCCCCCUACCAGGAGGACUGA